AUGUCUUCGAUCAGACGGUUCGCCUCCAAGCCCAAGCGCAUCGUCCGAAAGCUCACCAUCCGCAGUCUAGGCCGCGGCAGAGACUCGCUGGCUCCCACGCCCGCCAACGACUCCGAUGGCACCUACACCCCGAGUCAUAACCGUCAGCGGCUGGGGCUCAACCACAACGACUUCCCCAAUGCCACGGGGCAAGAAGUGACUCCGGACGAAGGCGGCUCUGAUACACUGUACGAUAAGCUGGCGGGGCUGGUGCUGCUCAGACUGCCGAGAACGCUGCUGCUGGUGCUGAGACGGCCCCGAGACACUCAUGAAGUGAGCCCGUCAAGCUCGCUCAGAAGCGCCACCCGCCUGGUGCUGCCCCGAUCGAAACCCCUGGUGAAAAAGCGCUACAGUGUCUAUAGCGAGGGCCGCUCCCGCAAUAACCGCAAGCGUAACCUGACCAGCAACCGCAGCCGGCUGCGUCUGAAGAAAACGGUGGCGGCGAAGGCCCCCGCCUACCCGUCUCACGCGGGGGUCAAGUACCGCCCCGAUCGCAUCCAGUCGCUCUCCGCCGACCACGAAGUUGUGUUGAAGCAGGUGUGGUGCUAUCUUCUCAAAUACUGGGGCUAUUCGGUGGACAUCGACCCCGCCGACGUCAAGCACCGCGAGCUGUUUGUGGCGCUGACGCUGACCGGCGGCCUGCUUGACCCGGCGUUGCUGAAGAUCUCUACCCGCAACCUGAGUCUCUAUCUGGGCAAACAAAAGUACCAUGAACACACCCAUGUUCCGCGUGACCUGCGCCGUAUCCUUGACAUCCAGGCCAAGUGCCACCAGGAACAAUACCAGCCCAUCGCCGAACCCCUGGACGAUAUCAUUAAUGUGUUUGUCAACUGGCACAAACUGAACUUUGAGCACAGGCCCGACUAUUCGCGCGAUCUCGACGCUGAAGAUGCCAACGGCGUCGCUAGCGAACAGGCGCUGAUACUACUGUUUGUCACCGCCGCCUCCGACAUCAGCGAGCCCGACGACAUCAGCGAUGUCCUCAGCCGUAACGGUGACGUCCGCUCGGCCACGCCUCGUCUCAAACAGGUGAAGAAGACUCCUCGCGAAGAAUACCCCCGCAUUCACGAGGGCUUGGUCCAGGUGUCGCCGGAAAAGUCCCAUGACGCCAUGUACUUAUGGCUCCGCCAGGAGUUGCCUGACGAUAUGGUGCUUAAGUGGUGUCGGGCGAGAAAAUUCAACACCAACGACAUUCUCUCGAUGUUGGGGCGGACGUUGGCGUGGAGAACUCUGUUGCCUGUCGAACAAUGGUUAAACGAAGGUGACAGUAAAGUCUACAACGAAGGCCAGCGUACCGGGUUCAUCAAGAAUUUCCUCGUGGAAAAGUCGUGGAUCAACGGCACUGACCACGACCAGAACCCCGUCUACUGGUUCGAGGCUCGUAAGCAUUUCGGUCUGGAUCUGACUCCCCCCGAAAUGACCCACUUUGUCGUGUUGUCGAUGGAAUGGGCCCGUCUCUGGUUCCAGGAAGUGACCACGUCUAAAGAUACCCUUCUGAUUGUGUUUGACUUGACUGGGUUCUCGCUCAAAAAUGCUGACUACACCACCAUCAAGUUUUUGGCCGAGGCCUUAGAAGCUCACUACCCGGAGCUGUUGGGUAGCUUGUUGAUCUACAAUGCCCCCUGGAUCUUUUCCACCGUGUGGAAUAUCAUCAAGCACUGGAUCGACCCUCACGUCGCCGCCAAGAUCCACUUCUGCAAGGCAUUCAAAGAUCUCAAAGAAUACAUCGACCCCGUGUACAUCCCCCAGAAGUUUGGUGGGGCUGACACCUCGGGGCCCGAAUACCCUGUCCCGACGAAAAACCAACUGCACCCUCCAUUAGCCAAAGACGCCAACUACCAGCGGUUGAUGAAAGAGCGGGACUUGUUGUACAUGCGGUUUUUGGAUGCUACCCGCCGCUGGGUAGAAUCAACCCUGCCCGAAGUCCUGUCAAAGUACCUAGAAGAAAAGAUUGGUCUCUCCACAUUGCUUCUGGACAAUUAUCUUGCUAUUGACCCUUACAUUCGGAAUCCAGGCAUCUACGACCGGAAGGGCAAUUUCAAAUUGAAAAACUAA